AUGGCCUCCCCUAGCGUUCUCACCUUUGACGCUGAGGGUAGGGCAGUGGACUUUGAGGUCUGGGUAAAUGAUCUGCAGCUUUUCCAGCAGUGCAAUAGGGCAGACGGCCUCUCCCUGUUUGACCUCACUUCUGGUGCCUCCCUUGCCCCUCCUGCUGAUGCUGACGCCACUGUUCGCUCACAGUGGGUCACGCGCGAUGCUGUUACUCGCCUUGCUGUGUGCCGCCACUUACCGACCACUGAGCGUGCACACUUAAGCCAGUACAAGAGUGCUCAGACCUUGGACCACUUCCUCUCAGUUUGCCCCACCACUCUCACCGUUGACCUCCUCGAGAAGGCCCUCCUAGCGAUAGAGAAGAGCAUAGUCGCUGUAGGAGCCUCUCGUGGUGACCCUCGCACCCUCGUCUUUGCGGGGUGUUCUCCCUCCCCCCUCUUGCCCUCUGUUGCCUCUGCUGCUGUGGCCGACCUCGUUGGUUUCGAGUCGGUCGGCGCUGCAUCUGCCCCGAGCGGGAGACGCCGCACCGGCAAGGGCAAGGGGGGCAAGGGCGCUGGAGGGGCUAGAGGGGGCGGUGGAGGUGGUAGUGGAGGCAGUGGAGGGAGUGGGGGUGGUGGUGGGAGUGGUGCUGGGGGUGGCGGCGGCGGCGGCAGUAGUGGAGGCGGCGGAGGCGGUGGAGGUGGCGGAGGGAGCGGAGGCGGCGGAGGUAGUGGAGGAGGCGGAGGUGGAGGAGGCGGCGGAGGCGGCGGUGGUGGAGCAAGUCGCGACUCUGCGUAG